UCUACUUGACAUUCCCUUGAUGGCUUCCCGGGGAGUGUGGAGGUAGCUACCAUGCUCCUGUGUGUAUGUACCGCUCAAGGUAUCGGACGUCCCGUCUUGGAAGAUGUGGGGAAUGAGGAUGUCCGACUAAUGUGGACCACAUGGACCACGGUUUCGAUCUGGUGAGCCCCGGUGUUGAUACGAACGGACAGUUGAACGACUCACUAUCCUGUCGUUCCCUUUCGUGGCCGUAUUAAUUCCUCGGAUCACAGGUGCGACAUCGCAUUCGACGCCGACACCCUGUUGCACGCAGUCGGUCUCAGCUCCCAUCGCAGAGCGAUGGGGUUGCAGUUUUUGCAUGAAUCUCUUCUUGAACGCCACCAUGAUGCGCCGUAGAAAUAAAGCCAACAUGAUGGAAAUUGGUCGAGUGGGCGCGAGUGAUGGAUGUGCAAUGAUGGAUCUAGCAGGAUCGAGGGUGAAUCGGAUGACUGACAACAGACACUCGUGUUGGUCGAGUGGCAAGCGUGAAAAGGGUGGCCAAGGCGCGUCGACGCGGUUUAAAUAUUCAAAUACAGGUAUACGGGCGCCUACUUACGUGGGCUCGCGCGGAGUGCCGGGUGGCGGGCUGCAAUUGUCUUCACAAACUAGUAAUUGUUGGAUAAUAGCCGAGCCACCGUCUUACUCUCGUUCAUCACAGGAAGAGGAUAACUCAGCUAUGGUGCAUCCGCGUAGUCAAUGCGAUCGACAUGAUUUAAAUUCAACAUUUGCCGCCGAUUAUAGAGCUCCAGACACGCGAUAUCCCGGCUACUCUGAGCGCAUAUUCUCGAUACGGAUAGCCACACAGCGUUUUGGGCAAAUCGUACGCUGGGCUACAUCACGUAACCCAUGGUUUACUCACAGUUUCGAUCUUGGCUAGCAAGAGAGAUUGAGAUUGGCUUUGGCAUGCUAGACUGCCCAACUCAAGAUAGGAAUAGCUACCGCUGAUGAAGGCUGAUUAGCAUCGUUAGACAAACGACAGCAUCAUAGUGAACAACUGUAUGUGUCUUUCU